AUGAUAAUAGCUGAAUUUUUAGAAGUUCCAAAUAAAAGGAUCUUACUUCUAAAUCUCCAGCAGAGUUAUAGUCAAGUAUUAUUCCUUGUAAUCUAUAACAAAAUAUUAAUAAAUAUGAAAUUUCAUGAGAGCAAAAUAGAAAGCAUUAGAUGCCAUAUUGAAGAGUGUCAAGAAAAGCCUAUAAAGACUUGCAAAUGCCUAGGACUCAAACAAUUUAUAUGCAAUAGUCAUGCAGGUGAACAUCAAAAUAUAGAUGAAAUACAUGAGGUUAAAGGUAUAUUUACAGUUAUUAAUGAAAAAAGCAGAGAAAUGCUAAGGAGAUGCGCAGAAGAAUUGAAGAGCAAAGUGAAUUUAUAUUGAAAUGAAAUAAAAAAUAAUGAAGUUUAUGGCUUUGCUCACAAUAUGUAUUUGAUGAAUUUAAAUGUCGGUAUAGUCAAUAAAAAAUGUGAAGAAAUAAUUAGUUUAUGUGAAAAUUUGACUGAAAUCACAGAAUAUGGAGACCCUACAUUUAUUGAGACUAUUUUGAAAAUGCCCCCAGAAGCAAUAGAGGAUUAUGCUAGAAACUGAAAAAUCACAACUUUUAAAGAUUAUGAAGGAGUGAUUUUCUCUUUAGGCAAGCUAUUUUCAAUUGAUCCAAAUUUUAAUUUUGAGCAUAAUUUGAAUAGUGAACUCUCAAUGCUUUCUACUAAACUUGUUUAUUUAAAAAAAUCGGAUCCUACUGUUUAUAUUUUUGAUUUAUCAAAACCCCACAUUUCAACAAAUUUAACUCAUACAGCCCAAAUUCCUGAGUUUUAUGCUUCUAUGUGCUUACUACCUAACAAUGGAAUUUUUUGCCUUUCUAAUUCAAGCUCAAAAGCUUUUACAAUUAAAUUUAGUUUUACUAUAAAAAUGCACCCUCCCCGUGCAUUAACGUAUUUUACAGCGCUUUCUUACUAUAAAGGCUAUGUUUAUGCAUUUGGUGGGUCAGGCGAUUUUUGGGAAAAAUUUGAUCUUGAUAAGUCAGUGUGGUUAAAAAUAGCAAAGCUUCCAAGAACCACUGAUUAUUGCUCCUGUGCUGUUCUUGGGGAUACCAUGCUGGUAGUGGGGUAUCAUUCUUUGAAAUUGCAUGGAUAUUGUCCUGAUCUUAAUUCCUAUUUUGAUUGUAUGGAUGUUACUGGAGACAUUCAAAAAAGUAUUUUUACAGGAAACAAUAGAGGAUAUUUGAUAGAAUUUGGAGGAAGAAUUUUCGAAAGCGAAAUUAAUGAUCCAUUUUCUUGGCAAAAUAUAGGCUCAAAUUCAUGCAAAAAUUCAUUUCUUCUUUCAUAUAAGGCUUUAUAUGAUGAUGCGAUAUAUUUUCUCAAUUAUUAUUAUGAUUUAUACAGAUUUGACUUGAAAAAUAAAACGAUCAGUGUAAUCGCUAAUCUUAAAAUAACUAAUAAAGCUAACUAA